AUGUUCCCCCUCGUCUCACUACCAGAUCCACGAGACUACGAUGUUGAUGUCGAACUAGGGUUUGUUGCCGCGAAGUCGACUGAGUUGCCAGCAUACUAUGCACCCUGGUGCAACCUCCUCUCGCAUCUGCCGCACCUGCUUGAGGCUGAGGCUCUUCAGGCCCAGGUCAGCCAUCUUGAAAUACUCACGACUGAUCAUCUCACGACCUCUGCGCACUGGCAACGUGCAUAUGUUGUCCUAGGGUUUCUGACCCAGGCCUUCAUCUGGCAGGACAAAAGAAGGCCCUCACAAGUUGUUCCGGCUAGUCUCGCCGAGCCUUUUCUCGAAGUCUGUAGCUAUCUCGGGACGGAACCCGUUCUCAGUUAUGUCGGACUCUGCCUGUGGAACUGGAUGCAAAGAGAUCAGGAGAUCCGGUUGCCCCCGUCGCUGGCUCUGGCCGACUUUCGGGACAUCAAGUCUGUCGCUUCUUUUACAGGCACGAGAGACGAAGACGCAUUCUAUCUAGUGCCAGUGAUGGUCGAGGCUCAGGGCGCCAAGCUCAUCAAGUUGAUGCUGGAUACAAUCGUUGCAGACCAAAAUGGAGAAAUACUAGACUUGGCGUCCGUCUUGGAUGUUUGUGUGAAAACACUCACGACCAUGAGGGAGACUCUGUCUGUCUUAGACCGGAAUUGUGAUCCAACCUUCUUCUUCCAAAAGAUACGCCCGAUGCUCGGAGGCAGCUCGGGUGCAGAAGAAAAGGGACUCCCUAAUGGUGUUUCGUUCGAACGAAGUGACGGAUCUCGAGUCGUCAUCAAGUGCGUUGGAGGCAGUGCAGGACAGAGUUCUCUCUUCCAGCUUCUCGAUCACAUGUUUGGUGUCCGCCACGAAUCCAAAAUGCUGCUCGAGAUGAGGGCCUACAUGCCAAAACGGCACAGGGACUUUCUCGAAGCGGUUGAACUCAUGCCUUCGUUGCGGGACAUGAUUGAGCGACGCCCGGAGGACAAAGAGUUGGGUUGUGCCUUUCAAGGCGUCCUCGAUGCAUUGCAGAAAUGGAGAACGAAGCAUGUCCACAUCGUGUCGAGAUUUGUUGUCCUGCCCGCCGCAGCUGAGGCGAAGGGCAAGCCUGCUGAGCAGCAGAAAGGCACGGCUGGCUCGCAGCCGAUUCCAUUUUUGAAACAAUACAGGGAUGAGACAGUGUUCAAGCUUCAAAAUCAAUAG